GCUUCGGCCAUAUGGCCUGCUCUGCCGCUUGCCAGAACGUGCUCCCUAGAGUUGCGAGCACAUUGCUCUUUGGGCCCACUGCGCGCAGCCGUUCCCCCUGCCACGCCGCCACCAGCACGGCCCGCCGCCGCCUCUGCCACCGCCGCACCUCGGCGACCACGCAAGUGCAGUGAGCUCCCAGACAGCGGCCCCGGAGGACUGUGCAUCGCCGACCUGCGCUGCCCUCUCCGCCUUCGGCAAAACCAUACGAUGGCGAAAUGGAAGACCGUUUUUGUGACUGGGGGUGCUGGAUACAUUGGCAGCCACUGCAUUGUCGAACUUCUUGAUGCCGGUUACGAUGUCAUAGCGAUAGACAACUUUGCCAACUGUGUGAAUGACCCCAAAGGAGAAGCACCCAGUCUGAAGAGAGUGGAGCAAAUAACAGGGAAGAAAGUUACGUUUUACCCUUGUGAUCUUUUGGACAAAGCAAGACUGGCAAAAAUAUUUUCCGAACAUGAAAUAGAUUGUGUCAUUCAUUUUGCAGCAAUGAAAGCUGUAGGAGAAUCAAUGCAAGUUCCCCUUCUCUACUACAAAAAUAACAUUGUAGGAACAAUAAACUUGCUGGAGGUGAUGAAGGACCAUAAUUGUUAUCAGCUGGUAUUCUCAAGCUCAUGUACUGUGUACGGGAACCCAGACACAUUACCUAUCACAGAAGAUCAUCCUACAGGAACUGUCACUAAUGUUUACGGACGCACAAAGUAUUUUAUUGAAGAGAUGUUGAAAGACAUCAGUGCAGCUGAAAAGAAUUGGAACAUUGUAUCCUUGCGAUAUUUCAAUCCAGUGGGAGCGCAUUCUUCUGGCCUUAUAGGAGAAGAUCCAACGAAAGCAUUCACCAACCUGAUGCCCUACAUGGCACAAGUGGCCAUAGGCAACAAGGCUAACCUUACUAUUUACGGAGGUGAUUAUGACACAGUGGAUGGAACAGGUGUAAGAGAUUAUAUUCAUGUAAUGGAUCUUGCAUCUGGUCAUGUAGCAGCUUUGUCCAAGUUGCAGAAGGAACAUCUUCGACUAAAGGCAAGUUCAAACAUUGCCUGGCUUAACAAUGAAAAUAUACUGACCAGUUUGGGCACAGGCUUGUCUGUAAAACAACUUGUUCAUGAAUUUGAACAUGCAACAGGUACAUCCAUUCCAAUUUGUAUGGGAGGAAGACGAAUUGGAGAUGUAGACAGCCUGAUCUGUGAUGGAACACUAGCAAUGCAUGAAUUGGAAUGGAAGCCUCAAUAUGAUACUUACAACCUGGGAACAGGGUAUGGCAUUUCUGUCCUUCAACUUCUAAGAACCUUUGAAGCUGUCACAAAAACAACUGUGCCCUUCGAAAUUCAAGCACGUCGCACUGGUGAUAUUGUAUCCAUGUAUGCGAAUACCACUUUAGCUGAGACAGAGCUAGGCUGGAAGGCUAAGUACAAUUUGGAACAAAUGUGCCAAGAUUUCUGGCGAUGGCAGACAAUGAACCCUGAUGGAUAUCGAGGCAAUUCAACUACGAAAGUUAAUGGUUCAGCUUCUGUCAAUGGCAAUCAUGUGAAUGGACACUAGUUCACCACAGGAAACGCUAAAAAGUCUUGUAUUUAUUAUUUGUCAACACAUUUAAAUGUUCAUAAACAAGUUCUUCAAAUCAAGCCAAAUAAUAUGGUGAAGCCCAUCAACUAAAAAAAGUGCACUUUGAAUACUUCAUGAUCAUUUCAUUUCAAACUUCCUGCAGUGGAAAUUGGUGGAUUAUUGCGCAGAAUUUUCAGUUAUUGUCACUUUAUGACCUUGCAGAGUCACCUCUAUUUUUUUGAGAUGAUUCAGUGAAGCAUGAAGAUAUUAUUAGUUUGAUAGAAGAACAAAAUUUAUAUAUCUAUUGCACCAUAAUAAAAAAUGUUGUGUGAAAAGGUCUUUUAUUUGAAGAAUAAGAAAUUACCCAUUCUUUCUAUAACCAAUUUCCAUUUACCGUAGUUUAUUU